AUGGCCAUGGGUGCAGUCUCCACACUUGUGUUUCUUCUCACUCUGAUUCAUCUGAUUUUGCAAAUCUCCGCUCUAAAUGUCCUCUCGUCAGGCUCCUCUCUCUCCGUAGAGCGCAGCUCCGACGUGCUCCUUUCGCCGGAUGGCACAUUCAUGUGUGGCUUCUACAACGUCUCCCCCAACGCAUCCACCUUCUCCAUCUGGUUCGCCAAUGCAUCUGAAAGAACCAUCGUCUGGAGCGCAAAUCCUCUUCGUCCUGUGUACACCUGGAGAUCAAAGGUGAAGUUAAGCUUCGAUGGGAGCAUGGUUCUGAGAGACUACGGUGGCCAGAUUGUGUGGAGCAACAACGUGAGCUCCUCAAAUGCUGAACAAGCUCAGCUCUUGGACACUGGGAAUCUCAUCGUCAAGGGCAAAGGUGACACCAUUCUGUGGCAAAGCUUUACUUCUCCUACUGAUACCUUGUUACCCACUCAAACCAUUAAUGUUACCAGCAAGCUCGUGUCCAUUAAUAGAUUGCUUGUACCUGGCCGCUACAGCUUACAUUUUGAUGAGCAAGUCUUGAUUUCACUGUUCUAUGAUCAAAAGGAUCUCUCUUUCGUCUAUUGGCCAGAUCCCACUUGGACUAUCUGGCAAAAGCUAAGGAUACCAUUCAUGAUCAACGCAAGCGGUGUUCUAGACAGCUUGGGGCAGUUCCGCGGAAGUGAUAACACAUCUUUCAUGGCUGCUGACUGGGGCAGUCACACCAUGAGAAGGCUAACACUGGAUUAUGAUGGCAACCUCAGAUUAUACAGUCUGAAUAAGGCAGAGGGAACAUGGUCAGUAACAUGGAUGGCGUUUCCUCAGCUCUGCACAGUGCGCGGUUUGUGUGGCGAAAACGGAAUAUGUGUGUAUACGCCUGUGCCUGCUUGUGCGUGUGCCCCUGGUUUUGAAGUCAUCGACCCAAGUGAGCGGAGCAAAGGCUGCAGACCAAAGACCAACAACAGUUGUGACGCGCAGAAGGUGAAAUUUGCUAAGCUACCCCACACUGGUUUCAAUGGGUAUGAUAUGGCUGCCCAUCGUUUUGUUUCUCUUGACUUUUGCAUGAACAAAUGCCUGCAUGACUGCAAUUGUAAGGGUUUUGCAUACUGGGAAGGAAUCGGCGACUGCUAUCCAAAGUUUGCUCUUGUUGGUGGUGUAACCCUGCAUCACAUUGGUACUACUGGCACCAUGUACAUCAAGGUUCCCAAGGGAGUAGAAGUGUUGGAGGCCUCAAUUCCGCAAUCACAACCUUUUGGUCCCAAGUAUGGUCCUGACUGUACUACAACAGAUAAGUACUUCAUAGCAGAUUUUCUGGAUAUGCUUAAGAGACAGCAGAGUGAAUCAAAGUUUCUGUACUUCUAUGGAUUCUUAUCAGCAAUAUUUCUGGCAGAGAUAAUGUUUGUUGUAUUAGGAUGGUUAAUUUUGAGGAGGGAACGCAUGGAACUGGGAGGAGUAUGGCCAGCUGAGCCUGGAUAUGAAAUGGUAACUAAUCAUUUUCGCAGGAUAUUGGUUUCUGAAUACUUUGAGAAUGGUUCAUUGGAUAAAUUCUUAUCUGACAUAAAGAGUUCGGAAAUCUUACUUUUAUGGAAGCAAAGAUUUGAUAUUGCGCUAGGGGUGGCUAGGGGAUUGGCGUAUCUUCACCAUGAGUGUUCAGAGUGGGUCAUCCAUUGCGAUGUGAAACCUGAAAAUAUACUGCUGGAUGAGAACUUGAUGCCAAAGAUCACCGACUUUGGCCUUGCAAAGCUUCUGAGCAGACGUGGAUCCAACAUAAAUGUUUCAAAGAUCCAAGGAACUAGAGGCUAUCUAGCACCUGAAUGGGUUUCUAGUCUCCCGAUUACAGCAAAGGUUGAUGUGUACAGCUUUGGAGUGGUGCUACUGGAACUACUAAAGGGAGCCCGUGUUUCAGACAUGGAAAAUAAUGAGGAUGAGGAAGUGGAGAUGGUCCUUGGAAGGAUAGUCAGGAUGCUUAAUGAGAAUCUGCAGUUGGAUGGCACUGAACAAUCAUGGAUCCCUGACUUCAUUGACGCUAGACUGAAUGGCGAUUUCAACUAUCUGCAAGCAAGAAUAAUGAUGAUGCUGGUUGUUUCAUGCCUGGAGGAAGAUAGAAGCAGACGACCUACCAUGGAAGAUGUAGCGCAGAUGCUUGUUUCCGUUGAUGAAGUUACUAACGCAGCCAGAGCGGAAGGAGCUGUUUAA